ACCCAGCUGGUCACAGCCAUUAAAGAAGCUCUCAGCAGCUGAGCCUGGCUUUUAAAAGCUGUGUUUUGCUCCAGGUGGGCAGAGUGUUCACACAGCCUCCAUGCCAAAAGCUCUUAAAACGAGCACCUGUGGGGACAGUUAAAGCUGUGGCUUGGGACGUGUGGCAGGAGCUGCUGAAGUGUCCAGCCAGGCCCUGAGCAUUCCAAGCUGGAAGUAAAAUCCAGAGCUUUUUUUGGAUAACCAUCACCAGCCCCACAGUUAAUACCUCAAAUACUUUGCAUGGCAGAAGCAGCGGGUGUCGGCCACUUGCUGGACAUCAGGGCGGGGCACACCGAGGGAUUCACUGCUGGCUCCGUUGCCUUUUUGGUGCUCAAUGCUUUUUUAAUCAUUUUGGCUUCCUCUUUUAACGUGGUGCUGCUCUGCCUGACCCUGGCCAUGGAGCUCUUGACCGUUUGUUUUCUGCUCUUUACACUGGAGAACCUCCCUUUGCCAUUUGAAAUUGUGGUGUUGAGCAUCCUCAGUGCCAUCUGCUUCUACGGAGCCGCAGCCUCUCUCACCAACUGCAUGUUCGGGAAGGACCUCCUGAUGAUGGGACCUCCUCUGCUCACAGUCCAGAGCUCCAAGAAGGACAGGGCGGAUCCCCUGCCCUGUGUCUGCCCCAAGUCCCACCUCACAAGUGGCCUGAGGACCAUCGCGGAGCUGCUGAACACGGGGGCCGUGUGUGGGGUCCCCACAGACACCGUGUAUGCCCUGGCAGCCUCCUGCAAGCACCCUCAGGCCAUCGAGAAGGUCUACAGGAUCAAGGACAGGCCUCAAGAGAAGCCCAUCUGCAUCUUUAUUUCCAACCUGGAGCAGUUGCGAGCAGCUGCCCCGCCCAUCAGCCCGCUGCUCUGGGAAUUCAUGGAAAACGUUUAUCCCGGUGGCAUUGGCUGCAUUAUCCAGAAGGGAGAGUGGCUGAAGAAGCUGGGGGUCGGAGCAGGAUACAGCAGGGUGGGAACCCAGGACAGCAUCAUGAUCCGAGUCCCUGACCUGACGGUCCUGGUGCACCUCAUCGACAUGACCGGGCCCUUGGCCAUCACCUCGGCCAACCCCAGCGGGGAGGUGGACAGCACCCACCACAACAUGGUCAUCUCGCGCCUUGGCCAUAAGCUGGAGGGUGUUCUCUGUGAUGGAGAGUCUGACGAGGUGGUGGCGUCCACUGUGGUCAACUGCACCAAGAUUGAUGAAAGUGGCAUCACCAUCGUGCGGGAAGGCUGCAUCCCAGCUGGAAAAGUGAUGCAGAUCUUUGAAAGAGUGAAGAACAGUGUGGUCUGAAUGGAAGGAACCUUCCCUGAGCAAAGGAACAGAGUCUGCUCUCCCUAAAAACACGAGGUGUCCCAUGUUUGGCUGGAGCACAUGGCCUUGGGAGAGCCAUUCCUUCUCCGAUCUGAUCUUACCUCCUUGGGAACGACAGCACUUCCCCAGCUGGGGCCUCUCCUGGGACCUUCUGCAGUGAUUUGUUGUUUAUCCCCAGUAAGUGCCUGCAAUCUCCAGGAGAGCUGCCCAGGAGCUGAUGAUUUACUGCAGGAACUCCCAGAGCUCCUGUGUUUCUGCAGUGCAUUGGACUGUGAACACAAUGUUUGUGCAUCCUCCUCCACAACACUCACAUCUGUGUAUUUUGAAAUCCUAACCCCACUAAAUAAAUCCUCUUUUUGGAACAUAAGGAGAAGGAUUUGUGUUUCGUUU